GAACUCAAAAAACAAACCUGCGCUCACAGACCAAAAUGUAGCUGGUGGUUCUGCUGCUGUUAAAGAUAGGGCCCUACCCUCUGCGGAUCAGGCAACUGUAAAAAAGGCUGCCAUUGACACCAAAGUAAAGCCUGCCCCUGCACAGCAAAUCAAGGUGGUCAUUGCUAAUGACUGCGAGUCAAACAACACCAAAGAGCAUGAAGUGAGCCUAAAACCUGGUACUCCACUGGUCAUGACACAUAAGAUCAGUUUGAUGCCCGGUGGCUGUGCUGGCGGCUGUGAGGCUGAGAUGGCUGAGAUGAAAAGACGCUUGGCCAGGCUGGAGAGAGAGAUGUCCUUGCUGAAGGACAAAUGCCCAUGUUCUGCAAAUUGCCCAAAUGAUUGUAGUGGCAAUGGACAAUGUCAGAAAGGAAAAUGCAUCUGCCAAGAAGGAUUCACAGGUCUAGACUGCCAUAACUGUGCCCAGGGAGCAGAGUGCAAUAAAAAAGAAGCCAAAGGGAUAAUCAAGGUAAAAGUGGACACAGAAGCCCAGAAAGUGAACAAAGAAAGAACUACUAUCAGGGAAAACAUCCAGGAAAGAACCAAAACAGUAGAGCAGGUACAACUGGAGAAGAAUGACCAGAAGAAGGGGACGGAUGCCAAGGAGAGUGACACCAAAUCAAAGUUAGCCACAACUGCUAAAUUAAGUCUUUCAAAGGCACAAAUUAACCUGGGUGCUUCUGAGAACAAAAUUAGAAUCAAAGGUUCCACAAAGACCACCGGCCCUACUGUUGGCCAAAUUUUGUUGAAGCAUGAAGGAAGAAAGCAAGAGGAGGCCCGCAAAGGCAAAACUAUGGUCUUUGGUGCUAAAAAGACUGAGUUUAAACUGGUCAAGGAAGGAACCAUGGUUAAAACAUAUUCAAAAUCAGAUCACCUUAAAGAUGAACCUCAAGCUAAUGUUACACAGAAUGAUAUAACGAAUUUAAAUGGAACAGCAAAAUUUGCAACAAUUCUUACCAGGAUUAAGGCAACAAACAAAACUUUAGCUGGAAAAGACAGUAGGGAGCAAUCUACACUCAUUGAAAAGAAUUCAACUCAACCAUCUGGGUCAAAGCAGAUUAAAAAGUUAAAAGUGGAUACUGUAACUGUACACUCUGUUAAUGGAAACACUGGAAAACAGACAGGUACUGCAAACGUGCCUUCUGUUGAAGACACAAACACAGAUGCUACUAAAACCGGACUAGGGAGAUAUUCAAUAACUGAUGUUAAAACUGGACAUACAUCUACAUCAGUGGUCUCUGUUGAUGACAGAAAAUCAGACGCUAGCAAGACCGGAAAGGGGAGGGAUACUGUAACAGGGCACUCUGUGGAUGGAAAGUCCGGAAAGGGGGGAGAUACAAUAACCUUGCAUUCUGUUGAUGGCAAGACUGGACAAGGCAGACAUACUGCAAGUGCACACUCUGUUGACAGUAGACACACAGAUGCUAGCAAGACCGGAAAAGGGAAGGAUACCAUAAAAGUUCAUUCUGCUGAUGCCAAGACUGAACAAGGCAGACAUACUACAACUUUCCAGGCGAUGGAGGACAGAAACGCAGAUGCUAGCAAGACUGGAAAAUGGAGAACUACUAAAACGUUGCACUCAAUUGAUGGCAAGAUUGUACAAGACAGCAAUACCACAACUGUCCACGAUGUGGAUGGCAAGGCAGAACAAGGCAGACAUACGACAACUGUGAACUCUGUUGAUCGUAAGACUGAACAAGGUAGACAUACUACAACUGUUCACUAUGUUGACGACAGAAACACAGAUGUUAGCAAGACUGGAAAAGGGAGAGAUACCGUAGCAGAACAUUCUGUUGAUGGCAAGACCGGGCAAAGCAGUGAUACCAUAACUAAGAACUCUGUUGGUGGCAAGACUGGACAAGGCAGAGGUACUGUACACUCUGCUAACGGUAGGACUGCACAAGGAAGACAUACUACAACUGUGCACUCUGUGGAUGGCAAAGCAGAACAAGGUAGACAUAGUACAAAUGUGCACACUGCCGAUGGCAAGAAUGAACAAGGCAGACAUACUACAAUUGUUCACUCUGUUGAUGACAGAAACACAGAUGCGAGCAAGAUUGCAAAAGGGAGCGAUACCAUAGUGCAUUCUGUUGAUGGCAAGACUGGGCAAAACAUAGACAUCAUAACAAGGCGUACUGUUGGUGGCAAGACUGUGAAAGGCAGGGGUACUGUGCACUCUGUUGACGGCAGGACUGCACAAGGUAGACAUACUACAGCUGUACACUCUGUGGAUGGCAAGAUUGACCAAGGUAAACAUACGGCAACUAUGCACUCUGUUGACAGCAGGAACACAGAUGCUAACAAAACUGGACAAGGCAGAAAUACCAUAACAGUUCACUCUGUCGAUGCCAAAACUGGAAAGGGAAAAGAUAUUUCAACUGUGCAUUCUAUCAAUAACACAGAUGCUAGCAAAAAAGGAAAGGGGACAGUCACCCUGAAGAGUCAAUACUUAGUUAAUGCCUCUGUUGCAGCCACUUCAGACAAAGCUCGAGUAUCCCACAGCCAAACAACUACCCAUGGCGGCUCUAUUAAAACUGCCACUAGGACAGGAGGAUUAGGUUCUGUGAAGGUUGUAAACAUCUCUUCCCACAGCUUCAUCAUUUCAUGGACAGCACCACAAGGAAUGUUCAAGAAAUUCACAGUGAUCAGAAGAGAGCCGCAAACAGAAGGCGAUGAGGAGGAGUAUCAGGACUUUGAAGAGGAAGCUUUUGAGACAGACAAUAUACACGCAGAAAAGAAUACAAUGGAGGUCCAGGUGCACAAGGAGAGCACGUCUUCUUCGAGUAAAGUUGUUGCAUCAAGAAGUCAAGCGGAAACCAAGAGGAUCAUGCUGGUGGUGCCUGGCAGCGUGCGGUCAGUUGAGUUCAGUAACCUUCGCACUAACACCCGGUAUGUCCUGGACAUAUACGGUACUACAGACGACAGAAGAUCCAAGAUUCACAGAGUUAUUGCAACUACAGGUCCUGAGCCAGCCACAGAUAUGCUUUUCAGUAAUAUAACAGAGACAUCACUCAUGGUCUCCUGGUCCACACCCAAGACAACAAUCACAGGCUACACAAUCACUUAUACCCGCAUUGUCACAGGUGAGACCCAUUCAGUGAACUUGGACUCCCAGAAGACUCAUGUGGUUCUUUCCAAGUUGUCCGCUGGAUCGUCCUACAUAAUCACUGUUACCACUACACAAGGCAGAGUCCAGAGUGAUGCGCUUGUGUCCAUUAUCACCACAGUGCCCGCACCGCCGACCCACCUCCAGGCCAUCAAUGUGACAGAUACCAGAGCAGUGCUGCAAUGGACUCCGAGCAUGGGAAAGGUAGACCGUUUCAUCGUCAGCUACGAGUCCUCCAAGACUCCUAAUGUGACCGUGACAGUGAUGGUGUCUGGAAACUCAGUGGAGCACCAGCUGAGAGGCCUGCAGAGAGGCACCGUGUACACAGUCAAAGUCCUGAGCCAGAAGGACAGUCUUCAGAGCACAGCCAUUACAACGUCUUUCACCACGGCCAAUGUGGUCAGAGCCAGUGAAGUGGGUCCUCGCUCUGCUCUGAUUGUUUGGAGAAUUUCCACUGUGGUUUAUCACACCUACAGACUGACCUACCAAGUAGUAGGAGAGGAGGCUAAGGAGCUUAUCCUGGAGCCCAUCAUCACAGAGUAUAAACUGACAGGGCUGUUACCCAUGUCACGCUAUAAUGUUCUGGUAGAAGGCGAGAGAGAUGGACAUUACACAUCAAUUGUAACCACCGAAUUCAUCACAGGGAGGCUGCGUUUCCCCUACCCGACUGAGUGCUCUCAGGAGCUGCUGAAUGGAGCUCUUCAAUCAGGGGAGGUGGACAUCUACCCUCAGGGGAAAGAGGGCCAGGUCUUCAGAGUCUACUGCGACAUGGAGGCUGAUGGAGGCGGUUGGACGGUGUUUCAAAGAAGAAUGAGUGGAAAGACAGACUUCUACAGAACCUGGAGUGAAUACAGAGAUGGCUUUGGAAACCUCAGUGAAGAGUUCUGGCUCGGAAAUGAGAUUCUGCACAACUUGACCAGCAUCGGUCCUGUGAGUUUGAGGGUAGACCUGCAAUCCAGAAAUGAAACGGCUUAUGCUCACUACGCCAACUUUUCCAUUGAUUCUGAGGAGAAUAAUUUUGCCCUCAUGGUGUCUGGAUACACAGGAACAGCAGGUGACUCGAUGAGGUACCACAAUGACCGUCCAUUCUCAACCCGGGAUAAGGACCCAGACUCUUUGGGGAUCCACUGUUCUCGGGCCUACAUGGGAGGCUGGUGGUAUAAAAAUUGCUACAAAGCCAACCUCAAUGGGCUUUAUGGCAUCAACACUAAUAAUCAGGGAGUGGUGUGGAUAGACUGGAAAGGUAAAGACUCCUCCAUUCCCUUGACCGAGAUGAAGUUCAGACCGUCCAGGUUCUCUCCUGCGACACAUGGCUAAGGAUUGCGCACGCUCUCAAGAACUCCAGAUGAAGGAGGGCGUGUCGUCGUUGUUGUAUGUCACUUUUCACCAGUUUGUUUUGUGAGUGUGUUCCACUCCCUCAGGGCCUCAUCUUUGUUGAGCUCUGCAGGGAUGCAUUCUGUUACAUUUCUACUUUUCUGUCAGGCCCACCCAGUUCAACAGGGUGACGUUUGACUCAU